CGUGAAGUCUCCGUUGGCGGCAUUGUUUGUGUGUAUAAGGUCUGCUGCUGCUGCUGCUGUUGAGGCCGUUGUGACGACAACCAGAUAGUUGUACAAUUCUCUCAUUUUGUCAGCUUUUUUUUUUAUACAGGUGGCGUCAUCCAGACACGUGCUGGCUGCUUGAGAGCUAUGAAGAUGAGGAAGAGACCGAACAUUCUGCUAACAGGAACCCCUGGUGUUGGAAAGACCACUUUAGGAAAGGAGCUCGCCCAGCGGACAGGACUAAACUAUGUCAACAUAGGAGACCUGGCCCAGGAAGGACAACUUUAUGACGGCUAUGAUGAGGAGUACCAGUGUCCGAUUCUGGAUGAGGACAGGGUGGUGGAUGAGCUGGAUGAAAAGAUGAUAGAGGGCGGUGUGAUUGUCGACUAUCACGGCUGCGACCUGUUUCCUGAACGCUGGUUUCACAUCGUCUUUGUCCUCCGCACAGACAACACUCAGCUGUUCACACGGCUAGAGAACAGGGGUUACUCUGGGAAGAAGCUGCAGGACAACGUGCAGUGUGAGAUCUUUCAGACAAUCUAUGAGGAAGCCAUGGAGGCCUACAAAGAGGAGAUCGUCCACCAGCUGCCCAGCAACAGUCCUGAAGACCUGGAUCACAACCUGGAGCAGAUAGUGCAGUGGACUGAGCAGUGGAUGAAGGACCACAACUAGAGGCUCGACUCUGUCUGCUGGGCUCCAGUGGCAGGAUUGUCAGCAAACAUUAUUUGGACGAUUAAACAUGAAUUGUUAUUAUCUGCAUCUACAUUAUCUGCAAUCUGCAUUUAUUUUCAUAAAUUUUGAUGACAGAAGAUAUUAAGUAUGAGCUCUUUCUUCAGGGGCCUGUUUCACCUGCCUGGAGUGUGCAGGGAGAUUACUGUUUUAAACACAGUAAAAAAAACACUGGGACUUUGUGACACUAGCUGUCUGAUUACCUAUUGUAUGGAUUUUAAAUAGUGAAAGCUAGUGUCAUAUCAAAGUAUCAUGCACUGCUGCAUGCUUGUCAAACAUUUUUGUAAAUAAAUGAGCAGUGAGAAACAGAA